AGAACUGCACUGCUACGUAAGAGUCUGUGCAGGCCUCUCCAAGAUGAAGCUAUCAGGCCAGGAGGAGUUUGAGGUCUCCAGUGCUUGUGAAAAUGUGCCCACAGGAGAGCUGGACAAUGGCACUGGCUCUGGCCCCAGCCCCAACAACCCCUCAGACACAGACAGAGGGGAGCUGGGGGUACCCAAGGACCCUCUGCUCUUCAUUCAGCUGAAUGAGCUUCUGGGCUGGCCCCAGGCCCUGGAGUGGAGAGAGACGGGCAGGUGGGUGCUGUUUGAGGAGAAGCUGGAGGUGGGUGCGGGCCGGUGGAGUGUUCCUCACGUGCCCACACUGGCACUGCCCAGCCUUCGGAAGCUCCGCAGCCUACUGGCCGAGGGCCUUGUGCUGCUGGACUGUCCAGCUCAGAGCUUCCUGGAGCUCGUGGAACAGGUGACCAGAGUGGACUCGCUGAGCCCAGAGCUGAGAGGGCAGCUGCAGGCCUUGCUGCUGCAGAGACCCCAGCACCUCAUCCAGCCCACAGGCACCAGGCCCUGCCAGGGGUCUGCCCAUCCAAGAGAGGCUUCUCACAGUGAGGAAGCCCCACUGAAGGAACAGCAUCAGAACCCCCUGAGACGGAAGCUGCCUCCAGGGGCUGAGGCUGGGGCUGUGCUGGUAGGGGAGUUGGGCUUCCUGGUGCAGCCCCUGGGGGCCUUUGUGCGACUGCAGGAUCCGGUGGUGCUGGGACCCCUCACUGAGGUUCCCCUCCCCAGCAGAUUUUUCUGCCUCUUCCUUGGUCCUUCUACACUGGGAAAGGGCUACCAUGAGAUGGGCCGAGCAAUGGCCGUCCUCCUCAGUGACCCGCAAUUCCAGUGGUCAGUUCGUCGGGCCAGCAACCUUCACGACCUUCUGGCAGCCUUGGAUGCCUUCUUAGAGGAGGUGACAGUGCUCCCUCCAGGUCGGUGGGACCCGACAGCCCGGAUUGCCCCACCUAAAUGUCUGCCUUCCCAGCACAAAAGGAUCCUCUCACAACUGAGGGAGGUCCAGGGCCCCUCUGCCCGGCAUGGGGCCCUGGCUGAGGACAGGUAUGACCACGGGCUACAGCUGCGCAGCCCAGAGUUACAGCGGACAGGCAGGCUGUUUGGGGGCCUUAUCCAGGAUGUGCGCCGGAAGGCCUCAUGGUACCCCAGCGACUUCUUGGACGCGCUACAUCCCCAGUGCUUCUCGGCCGUGCUCUACAUUUACUUGGCCACUGUCACUAAUGCCAUCACUUUUGGGGGACUGCUGGGGGAAGCCACCAGUGGUGCUCAGGGGGUGCUGGAAAGUUUCCUGGGCACUGCAGUGGCUGGAGCUGCCUUUUGCCUGAUGGCUGGCCAGCCCCUCACCAUCCUCAGCAGCACGGGGCCAGUGCUGGUCUUCGAGCGCCUGCUCUUCUCCUUCAGUAGAGAUUACAACCUGGACUACCUACCUUUCCGCCUGUGGGUGGGCAUCUGGGUGGCCACAUUUUGCCUGGCACUGGUGGCCACAGAGGCCAGCGUGCUGGUACGCUACUUUACCCGCUUCACCGAAGAAGGCUUCUGUGCCCUCAUCAGCCUCAUCUUCAUCUACGAUGCUGUGGGCAAAAUGCUGAGCUUGACCAGUGCCUAUCCCAUCCAGAGCCCUGGGUAUCCUGCCUAUGGCUGCUUUUGCCAGUACGCAGACGUGGGAGGAAAUGAGUCUCAGUGGAUGAGGACAGAGCCAAAAGACAGAGAUGACAUCUCAAGUCUGGACCUAGGCUUGGUCAAUGCCUCCUUGCUGCCCCCACCUGAGUGUGCCCGGCGGGGAGGCCACCCUCGUGGCCCCAGCUGUCAUGCAGUCCCAGACAUCGCCUUCUUCUCCCUCCUCCUCUUUCUUACCUCCUUCCUCUUGGCCAUGGCCCUCAAGCAUGUAAAGACAAGCCGCUUCUUCCCCUCUGUGGUGCGCAAAGUGCUCGGUGACUUCUCCUCAGUCCUGGCCAUGCUGCUGGGCUGUGGCCUUGAUUCCUUCCUGGGUCUGGCCACACCAAAGCUCACGGUGCCCAGUGAGUUCAAGCCCACACUCCCCGGGCGUGGCUGGCUGGUAUCACCUUUUGGAACCAACCCCUGGUGGCUGAGUGUGGCAGCAGCCUUACCCGCCCUGCUGCUGUCUAUCCUCAUCUUCAUGGACCAGCAAAUCACAGCGGUCAUCCUUAACCGUGCUGAAUAUAAGCUGCGGAAGGGCGCUGGCUUCCACCUGGAUCUCUUCUGUGUGGCUGUGCUGAUGGUGCUCACGUCAGCGCUGGGACUCCCCUGGUAUGUGUCGGCCACGGUCAUCUCCCUGGCCCACAUGGACAGUCUUCGGAGAGAAAGCAGAGCCUGUGGCCUGGGGGAGCCCCGCAGCUUCCUGGGUAUCAGGGAGCAGAGGCUGACAGGCCUGGUGGUGUUCAUCCUCACAGGAACUUCAAUCUUCCUGGCACCUGUACUCAAGUGGGCCUCAUCUGGUCCUCACAUGGAUCCUGAGAGGCAUCCGUACUUCACAAAUGAGGAAGCUGAAGGUUGAAGAGGUUAAGUAGCUUACAAAAGAUCACCAAGGGAGCUAGUUUCUCAGGUCCAUCCAAGAACUCAACUUCUUACCCAGGGGCUUUCUACCCAGUGGAGCAGGGUGUGGGCAUGCCUCCAUCCUCUGUGGCCCAAGUGGGAUGGUACCCUGGCUCCAGCCUCCCAACUGACCUUAAACGGAGAGUGUGAUCACAACCCAGAAAAACCUUGAGGCAAAACCCCUUCCCUUCUCUCCUACCAGGUAUUUGUAGAAUACCUGCCAUGUGCAAGGCUCUGCUAGACACUUGGGAGAAGGGGGCAGUGCACAGGAAGGGGCAGGAGUAUUGAAAAAAGAUAAUGGAGCCAAGCCCCUAUUAGCAACAUACACACGUGAACGAAAAUUAAGUAACAUGUAAUCACAGAACUGUUCAACAAGCCAAGGCAGCAAAGCAAUCGAGGGCAUGGAGAAUGGCAUACAAGAGUCAUUAGUGAGGAGAGGUUUGGGGAGGGAAAGGUCAUGGAGCUGGGUGAGAGCGGAGUAGUUGAAAGAGCCAGAUGGACCAGAUCAACUGCUUACUACCUAGGUGACUCUCAUUCAGCAGAUAUUUACUGAGCAUAAACCAUAUGCCAGGCACUGUUCCAAAGACUGGGGAUAACAGUAGUGAUCAAAACAGACCAUCCACUGCUUGCAGUCUGGUGAGAAGAGACCCAUGAAAAAAAAAUUAAUAAAAUAGGAUGAUUUCUGAUAGUGACUACUCCUAAAGAAAAAUAUAAGAGGGUAAGGUGAUUAAGAGUGCAAGGGGUCUACUUUAGAUUGAAAGGUCACACCCUCCUGGGGUGUCAAGAGAUGAGUAGUGAGCAGCCUGAGUAGCGAGAAGAAAGUCAAGGAAGGGCAUUUUAGGUGGAGGGAAAUAGCAAAGCAAAGCAAAGGGUUUGCAAGGGGGAGAAACAAACUUGGGCAUGAAGAGGGAAGGAA